AUGCCCGAGAGCAUCGCGGACGAAAUGAGACUUCGGAAAGAGCGAGGGCCGGGCUUCAACAUCAAGACCGCGGAUGGAGGAUUGGCACCAAUUACCUCCAUGGUCUCAUUCGAUCUUAAUGUAGCGGGGGUCACAGCUCACAUCACCUGCCACCUCAUACCAGGGCCGAGAAAGCCAUCAUACUCGAUCCUUCUCAGCAGAAGGUGGCUUCGACAGUGCCAAGCACGGGGCGACUAUCGCUCAGAUACGUACAUCAUCAGGGAUAGGGAAGGGAACGAAUUCCUGGUACCCGCAGUCAGGGGAGGGCAUGAGAGAUCCCCGAGAAUCUUCAUCAGCGCGGAGACUGCCAAGAUCGAGAUCGACGACGACAUGGCAGAAGAGCUCGAAGAAGGGGACGACACAAUGUCGGCUAUUGUCGAGAGAAUCUCGAGAGAAAGUGAUGAGCAAGAGAGGUUGGAAUUGGAGUUGGAAAGGAGGGAAUUUGAGUUGGAAGAGAGGGCGCAGGGAAAUGACGAGGAAGAGCUGCAGGCGGCCAAAGAAAGGAAUGAAGGGUUCCGGGACUGCCAGAGAAGCUCAUAUCACAGUACGAACCCGGGGGAGAAGUGGGGGAGUGUUGGGGCGGAGGCGGUUGCGGGGAAGGAUGUGAAGUGA